UGCAGACUGUGUGUGGAGCUAGCCAGAGUAAUGUUGAAUGUCAGAUGGAACCAAGUGGCUGAAAUCUACCUCUACCUUGAUGACCUAAAUGAAGAUAAUAAAAUAAUGUGUCUUUGCUCCAGGGUAUUUUUCAAUGAUCGGAGUUUAUACUACUUGGGAUUAAAGGGAAUUGACUAUGACAGGAGAGAAUAUGAAAAUGGUGGCGAGGAUGAAGAAGGUGACCAGGAUUCCUCCGGUGUCCCGGCAGAAUCCAGUGUCUCUGAUAUGGUUUUUGAGGAAAGUGAUGUAGACUCUGAAGCAGAACUCAUGGUUAAGAUGGGUCUUCCUUUAAAGUUUGGUGGUUCGUCCUUUGAGAAACAUUCUGUGCCCUCAAGAACUACUGUGAAUGAACAGAGAAUCCGAAAGAAGAAGGAAAAGACUAGAUGUCAGAAAGAAUUCAACGAGUGCAUUGAAGAAACUGCAGCAGAAAGAAUCCUUGAUAUCAAGCAUGCCAGUGAAGAUUUAUCCACAAGUACCAUGCAGCCAACAAAGGAAGAAACAGACCCUUUGGACUGUGAUCAUUCAAAUGAUGCAGAACUGUCUACCAUGACUGCAUUAUCCACUGAGCAAAACUCAACAGAAAAAUGGGAAGAGUAUUGGAGUCAAUAUGGACAAAGUUUAUUAUGGCAGGAUUGGAUGCAAAAGAAUCCAGAAAUGCCAACUUCAGGUGAGAAUGGUAGCUGUGAGCCGUGGACCUCACCAGAAACCAAAGAAGAAUGGAACAAACAUUACAAUGAGUCGUAUUGGCACUACUUUGAACAGUUUCAGUAUUGGGCAAAGCAAGGGUGGACCUUUGAUGGACCCGAUGAGUCUGCAGAUCAAGACUUAACUCCACUGAGUUCAGAUAAUACAGGCCUAUCUGUUUGUCCUGAGAUGCUCCCAGGGACAUCUAUUGAUGAUGCUUCUGAUUCAUUGUUUGGUGAUCAUUGCACAGAUUUACUAAAUGGGAUCAAUCUCAUUCAUCUUAAUUUGGAGGAAAUGGAGCAAGAAGGUUUUCGACUAAGUGAAAUUUAUGAGUGCCCUCCGUUUCAAAACCCAAAGAGCAAUGAAGCACAGUGUCCUUGUGAUCCUGACCAGAAGGAGCCGGGAGAUGUAGAAGCUGGGAAAAAGGAUAUAUCAUCUCGACACUCCGAGACCAGCCAGCCAGCAUCAGGGCACUCUUCACACUCAGUCCUACAAAGUGGCCACUCAAUCAUUCUUCAGGACCAAAGUGAAGAUGAGGAUGAGCCUCCUGAAUGCAAACAAGCAAAGGUUAAGAGGAGUCAUGAACUGGAUGCGGAUGAGAACCCAUGUGACGUGCUCGCGGAAGCAUCUUCUAUCCUGGGACUAAAACAUGGCUCCGGACAGAAGUAUGGAACGAUUUCUCACUUCAGUCAUCGCACUCUCCACUAUUUGGACAGAGGCGUCAAACACAGAUCCCAGUUCCUAGACAUGCACAGACCGGUGAAAGUCAAGAACAAGCACAUCUUUUUUCAUGAAGAGUCCGAAUCAAAGCCACCAAAAAGUAAAACUUUAAAUAAGGUUAAAGGAUUCCUGGAAGGGUUGAAUGAGCAUGUGCAGGGCACAUCAGAUGAGACUGUUUCUGUUCAGAACGUUUCCGCUUCAUCCAGUACCUCGGAUUCGGAGGGACAGAAUGACUCUGAUAUAAAAGAACCUUCUCUUUCACAUGAGACCAACAUUCAGAAUUCUGUUGGAAAUUGCAAAAAUCUCCCCAACAACAUCUGGUCUACACUGGAUGCAGACAGUGAUGCACAACAAUCUACUGAUGCUGAACAAAGCACCUCAAGACAGCUGGUCACAUUGGAUAUUCCUGACUAUUUACAGGCUGAAGCAGACAUUGUGAAAACACCUGAAGGAAAAAGCAAAAAGAAGAAGAAAAAGGGCAAGAAAAGAAGACCACCAGUGCCUCCUGAAAUUGCGGCCAUACCUCGUCUUGCAAAGUACUGGGCCCAGCGAUACAGGCUCUUCUCUCGUUUCGAUGAAGGGGUUAAACUUGAUGAGGAAGGUUGGUUUUCAGUAACCCCAGAGAAGAUAGCAGAACACAUCGCUGACCGCGUUACACAGACCUUGAACUGUGACGUAGUUGUAGAUGCCUUCUGUGGUGUUGGAGGAAAUGCAAUUCAGUUUGCCAUGGCAGGAAUGAAAGUGAUCGCUGUGGAUAUUGACCCUGUGAAACUGAGUCUGGCUUACAACAAUGCAGUGGUGUACGGCGUGGCAGAUCACAUAGAGUUCAUACGUGGUGAUUUCAUGUGUUUGGCUCCUGAUUUGAGAGCAGAUGUUGUAUUUCUUAGCCCUCCGUGGGGAGGACCAGACUACUCCAGCGCCGAGACGUUUGACAUCAAAACAAUGAUGUUGCUAGAUGGAUUUGAAGUUUUCCGGCUUUCCCAGCAGAUUACCAGAAACAUUAUUUAUUUCCUUCCCCGUAAUACUGACAUGGAGCAGGUGGCAUCCCUGGCAGGUCCUGGUGGACAAGUGGAAAUUGAACAGAACUUCCUGAACAAGAAGCUGAAAACAAUGACUGUUUACUUUGGAGAUCUAAUCCGAAAAGUUUAACUGCGUAUUCGUCAGGGAUAAAAACGGAUUAUUCUAAUCCUGGUUAUCUUCUCGAACUGAAGACGACAUAUUUGCUUCUGUGUUCUAUGCAGAAGAACUUAAUGUUUUUCCUGUAAUCCUGCCUAAUUAUGGAGAUAUGAUCUGUUGCUGGUAUUGUGGAAAUAUUUUCCUGCUAAAUUGUUAUCAAGCAUCUUUAGUGUUAAUGUAAUAUUUGAUCAGCAACUUAUAGGGAAAUCGUUUCCCCAAAUGUGAGACUGUAAGUUGUAUAUAUUUGCCAAAUCAGCCUUUU